UUCACUGUCAGGGAGAGUUAAUGUGCUGUCAGGGAUGGCAGGCAGUGCGCUCUGCCUGGAUGUGGGAACAACAGGUGGAAGCUGGUUGAACCGCAAACAGGGAAGUCAGCAUGUCUUUGGGCAGUUUUACAAAGAGUUUUGGAGAUAAACGUCCCUUUUAGUKGKGGGGUUUCAGUGUUUGUUUUUGUUUAUUUUGAGGUGUUUCCGGGCUCGGAGCAAUGGCGUUAUCUCAGAUCCAGUGCCUGGAUGAUAACCACGUCAACCCGCGGACGCACGAGUCCAARCCGGAGUUCCUUUACUGCGAGGAGCAGCGGCUCGCGCUCGAGGCGCUSCUGCGGGAUGGUGGCGAAGCGUUCGUGAAGUACCUGGAGGCGCGCGGUCUGCGGGGUUUCCUCUCGGACCUGGAGCGGGACGCCCUCAAAGCGGCGGCGGAACCUUUUGACCCGGACAAGGAGYUACUCCAACAGGACGCGGACGACGAGCGGACGCCGCUGUCGCUGCAGUACUGGCCGGAACUUUCGGACACCUCCUUUCCGCAGAUGGACCUGGGCUGGCCCGCCUGCGACUCGUACAGGGGGGUGACACGGACCUCGGUGUACACGCAGCCCCCGCUGGACGGUCAGGCCCACAUCAAAGAGGUGGUCAGAAAGAUGAUCGCGCAGGCGCAAAAGGUGAUAGCAGUGGUGAUGGAUGUCUUCACUGAUGUGGACAUCUUCAGGGAUUUGCUAGAUGCUGGUUUCAAGCGGAAGGUGUCUGUUUACAUCCUGCUGGAACGCACAACACUACCUCAUUUCCUGUCCAUGUGUCAGAGGGCCAGCAUGCAUGCUGGACACCUCAAGCAUCUUCGUGUCUGCUGCACCGGAGGCUCUGAGUUUUACACCCGGCACUGCACUAAAGUUGUAGGACGAAUGGGCCACAGAUUCAUGUUCAUUGACGGCGACAAAGCUGUUUCUGGGUCAUACAGUUUCACCUGGAUGUCCUCACGGCUGGAUAGAAAUCUUGUCACUGUGACUACAGGUCAGGCUGUGGAUGCCUUUGACAAACUGUUUCGCCUCCUGUACAUGACUUCCAGGGCUGUUGACCUCCGAAAAGUGGCAACAGAGCCUGAGCCUGAGGCAGACGCUCGACCCCAGGUUGCCUCUGUGAUACCUCCUUCUGCUGCUCUUGCUAGAAAAUUGCACAACCCCAAAUAUGCCUUGGUUGCUUUGACCAACCCAUGCCCUACCACCUCAGUUGGCAACGAAAACCCUAAAGAGCCUGAAAUAUCAGAGAAGUCUAAGAAGAAGGAACAACGACGGCUGAGUGAGGAUACUCCUCCCCUUCACCCCGGACUGACUAAUCUAGAAAAAGCCGACUUAAUCCCAUACCUUCCCAUAUGGCCAGAGCCUGACCCACCAAAGGAUGUAAUAGGGUUCAUUAACAUUCGGGAUGCCAACAAAUCAACACAAGUCCAUCUGCAGCGUUCUGAGAGGUUUGAAACCAGCCAAGCAAUCAAGUUUAGCAGUCCUCUCAGUAAUCCGCAACAGCCUUUGCCAGAGGUUGCAACACCUAGACAGAUAGCUAAUAAACAUGAGGAAAUUGAUAAACUUACACCAGCACAAAAUGAAACCAAAACUGAAGUGUUGGUGGUAGAUACUGCAGUUCCUGGUCACAACAAAAGUGAAGACAAGGCAUCUGAACAAACAUCACCUCCAUGUAGUCAAAAGUCUGUACCUCACGAGGGCAAAACAAGUGCUCUAAAGACUGAGAAGAAACUCCAUUCAAAUGCAGCCAUAAAUCCAGAUGCAGGCCAUGAUAGACCUGAUGUCAGUCAAGGUACAUCAUCCCAAGCUAGCAAUAAAACACCCUCAUCUAAUAAAGAAGGACCCUCAAACAAAGCUGAAAUUGUCUCCACAAUCAGCCCAAAAGCAGACUUACUCGCACUCAGUCCACUUAACAAGCCACAGGAAAUUUUACCCAGACAAAUAACUGUUAAACAUAAUGAAAUGACUAAACUCCAACCAGAACAAAAUGGACCCAAAGCCGAUGUGAUGUUGAUAGAUAGUCCUGCUUCUGGUUCCAACAAAAUUAAAGACAAGGUAUCUGAACAAACAUCACCUCCAUGUAGUCAAAAGUCUGUACCUCAUGAGGACAAAAUGAAGGCUGUAAAGACUGGGAAGAAACUCCAUUCAAAUUCAGCCAUAAAUCCAGAUGCAUGCCAUGAUAAACCUGAUGUCAAUCAAGGUACAUCAUCCCAAACUACCAACAAAACACUCUCGUCUAAUAAAGAAGGACCCUCAAACAAAGCUGAAAUUGUCUCCACAAUCAGCCCAAAAGCAGACUUACUCACACUCAGUCCACUUAAUAAGUCACAGGAAAUUUUACCCAGACAAAUAUCUGUUAAACACGAUGAAAUGACUAAACUCCAACCAGAACAAAAUGGACCCAAAGCAAAUGAGAUAUUGAUAGAUAGUACUGCUUCCGGUUCCAACAAAAGUAAAGACAAGACAGCUGAACAAAAUGCAUGUAUUCAAAAGUCCAGAAUUGACAAAGACACAUGUACCAUUCCCAAACUUGAUAAAAAGCCUUGUUUAAGCUCUGGUAUAAACUUAGAUACAGUUCAUGACAGACCCAACAUUGGUUCCAAUACACUACCCCCAUCUUUACCUUCAUCUAAGUUAGACACACUCACAGAGUCAGAACUUGACCCUGGUGCGAUCAAGUUUUGCAGUCCAUCCAGCCAGCCAUGUGAAACCUUUUCAGAAGUUGAAGUAUCUAAGAAAAUAAAUAAAAUUCAACCACUUCAAAAUGAACUCAAAGCAAAGGAGUUGGUGAUGAAUACAGCCACUCCUGAUCAAAACCAAGCUAAACACAAGGAAUCUGGCCAAAAAUCACCUCCAUGUACACAAAAAUUGGUAUCAGAUAAAGAUGAAACUAAAAUUCUCAAAACUGAGGACAAACUCUGUCCAAAACAAGCCAUAAAUCUGAGCCAUGAUGCACAUGAUCUCAGUCCAAAAAUACUAACGCAAUCGAGCAACAAAGUACCCUCUUCUAGUAAAGAGAAACCUUCAAGCAAAGCUGAAAUUGACUCCACAACAAGUCUGAAGUCUGACUCAGAUGAAUUAAAACCUAAGGAGUCAGUGGUAGAUACUGGAGUGCCUGAUCACAGCAAAAGUAAAGACAAGGCACAAUGUGUUCAAAAGUCUGUACUUGACAAGGAUGAAACUAAAGUACUCAAAACAGCAAAGGAACAGUCUUCAAGCACAACCAUGAAACCAAAUGCAGUCCAAAUUACACCCGAUACACUCAUUAAAUCUAGUAACAAAGCAAGAACUGUCCUCACAAAAUCAGACUCACUCACCCAAUCAGAACCUGACCUAACAAGUGAUUUAAGAGGGUUUAUCAGUAGUCACGAUGCUAACAAACCAACACCAGUCCAUAUCCAGGGUACUGAGAAAACUCAGCCAGUACAAAAUGAACCAAAAGCUAAGGAGUUGGUCAUAAUUGCUGCCACUCCUGAUCCCAGCAAAAGUAAAAACAAGGCACCAGAACAAAAACUGCCUUUAUGUAGUCAAAAGUCUGUACCUGAUAAAGGUGAAACUAAAGUUCUCAAAAUGGAGAAAAAAAUCUCUUCAAACACUGCAACAAAUACAGAUGGAGGCCACAAUAUUUCUGAUCUCAGCUCUAAUACAUCACCCCAACCCAGCUUAUCUUGUAAGGAGAGCCCUUCAAACAAACUUAUCACUUCCUCUGCAACCAGUUCACAGUUGGACUCAAAUGAAUCCAAACCUUUUUGGUGGUACCAUUUGGUGGUAGAUUCUGCCGCUCCAUGUCAAAACAAAAGCAAAAACAAAAAUGCAGAUGAAAAAUCAUGUAGUGAAAAAUUUAUACCUGACCAGAAUAAAGCUAAGGCCCUCAAAACUGAGAAUAAGCUUAAUUCAAACUCAACCAUAGACCCAGAUGUAAGUCAUGAUGCAUCUGAUUUCAGUCCCCAUUCUAGCAACAAAACACCCUUGUCUAGUAAGCAGUGGCCUUCAAACAAAGCUGAAACUGUCUCCAAAACCAGCCUGAAGUUAGACUCUCUCACAAAAUUAACCUCGGAAAAAGAAACUAACACUGUAAAUACACAAAGUCCUGCUGUGGACAUAGUACACACCUUGAAGUCAAACAGUGCACAGACCUCCCUGUUUGAAAACCCUCCUCAUCCAAGCAUAGAAAAUACUGUGGUGCCACAUGCAGAUUUACACACAUCUAAUAACAUGCAACCUAAAGUCUCUUCUGAAGAGAUUUACAUCCAGAGUCCUAUUGGACUUGGGCACAGUCCCCAUUCCUCUGCUUCUCCAACACAGUCUGAAGGUUCCACCUCCAUAAAUAACACUCUUACCGCAGUGCACUCAAGCACAGCUAAUAUUUCUUCUAAGUCUCAUCCCUCCACUAGCUCCCCUUCUUCCCUACCUUCUUCCACCUCAACUUUUGCGACACAGCCUGUUCUCACAUCUUCUACAUCAUCUUUUUUGCUUUCUUUUCCACCAGUCCCUAAGCCUCGUACUGUCCACCAGGUUUUAAAAGAUAGCAGCGUCCAAAAUAGCCAGCCACUGUCAGAGAUGAUCACAAGUCCGGACUCCAGUGCAGAGAUGCCAGUUGUCCACAAUGUGCCUCCCCUCCCAAGUUCAGUGCAAAUAUCUUCUGUAAAAAGAACAGAGGCUGCUCCGGAAGUGCAUGACAGUACUGCCAAUAACAGAAGAGCUCAUAAAGAUACAGAGAAUCAGACUAAGUUUGAAGCUACUUCAGAGCAAGAACAGUGUGUGAGCUCACAAGAGAAAAAGCUCAAGAAAGAUGAUAGACAACAUUGUGGCACAGCAGAGGAGCUGUCAGUCACUGGAACCAAAUUAAAAAUGCAAUCCGAUCUUUUGAUUACUGAUGCACUAAAGAAAGCUAGUGAAAAUACUCAAGAAAUAAGUCCUACAGAUGUUGAUUCCAAGACUUUGAUGUUGACAGAUUCCAAGACAUGUUCAGACUUGGCAACAGUGGCACAGACAGAAAAAAACAUGACAAAUUGUGAACUUGCUAAUUGUAUACAGCCCCAAACAUAUUUUGCAAAAUCACAUGAGCCUCAGAAGAUAUUAUUUAGUAAGUUUACAUUACAAGAUCUAGACGUUUUAGAGGGAACAGCGUCUUUAAAAGCUCCAACAAAUGGUAAAACACAGAGCCCAUGUGUAUUCAAAGAUGGUGUUGAUGACAAAAUAGACGUGUGUGCUGGAAAUGCACUCAGUCAGCUAAGUAAACAAACACAAGUCACAUUGAAACAAACUGAUACACACAUUACCUUUCAAGAACAGACACAAACAAGCCCAAACACUCCAGAGAAACCUCUGCAUUUGGAUUUCUCUCUUGCACAAGCGGCAACCUCAAAGUCACCAACCACCAAGCAAAAAUCCAAAUUAGCUGCUGCAAAAUCUCCCACUUCUGAUGCUUUUCCUUCAGGCUCAUCUACCCCAGAAUCACAAAAAUCACCACUCAACCUCCAAUCAUACUUGCUGGAUGUUCAAUCACCUAUGUCUGACACUAGUGAUGGUUACUUCUCACCAAAAGAAGGCUCUGUUUUCUCUAACACAUCUGAAGAAUUUUAUGAGUGUUGUGACUCUCCUUUGAAUGAGCUCCUCCUGAACUCAACUGAUUCUCAUAACUAUGAGAAGAAGGAUGAUCGUAUCAGUCUCACAAACACUAGCACUUCUUCUACAACCACAGACUCUAGUCCUGUACGCUUGAAUUCUAGCACCACUGCUACAACAUUAAGUACUGCAGACCAAAAUACGUCAAACACUGAGGUUGGUCUUUUGUCCAAGACUACUGGAGUCAUGUCAUCCUUGCUCCAAAUAAAUAAGCAAAAAAAUGAGACCAAGGAGGACAAUAAUGCAAAGAACAAAGAAGAUGAAAUACAG